GCGGGCCGGGGCCGCGGGCGUCCUGAGCGCAGCGCCUGCCGGGGAUGCCAAGCCGCGCUGCUGGCCCUGGCCAUGUCGUCGUCCUUCUUCAACCCCAGCUUCGCCUUCAGCUCGCACUUCGACCCGGACGGCGCCCCGCUCAGCGAGCUCUCCUGGUCGUCCUCCCUGUCCGUGGUGGCCGUGUCCUUCUCCGGGCUCUUCACCGUCAUUGCCCUCAUGCUGGCCUGCCUGUGCUGCAAGAAGGGCGGCAUCGGCUUCAAGGAGUUUGAGAAUGCCGAGGGGGAAGAGUUUGCGGCCGACUUCUCGGCACAGGGCUCCCCGGCGGCAGCGGCUCCCAACGGGCCUGACGUGUAUGUCCUCCCGCUCACCGAGGUCUCCCUGCCCAUGGCCAAGCAGCCUGGGCGCUCAGUGCAGCUGCUCAAGUCCACGGACCUGGGCCGGCACAGCCUCUUGUACCUGGAGGAGAUUGGCCACGGCUGGUUCGGGAAGGUGUUCCUCGGGGAGGUGAACUCGGGGAUCAGCAGCACCCAGGUGGUGGUGAAGGAGCUGAAAGCGAGCGCCAGCGUGCAGGAGCAGGUGCAGUUCCUGGAGGAGGCGCAGCCCUACAGGGCCCUGCAGCACAGCAACCUGCUCCAGUGCCUGGCCCAGUGCGCCGAGGUGACGCCCUACCUGUUGGUGAUGGAAUUCUGCCCCAUGGGGGACCUCAAGGGCUACCUGCGGAGCUGUCGGGUGGCAGAGUCCAUGGCGCCUGACCCCCUGACCCUGCAGCGCAUGGCCUGCGAGGUGGCCUGCGGCGUUCUGCACCUGCAUCGCCACAACUACGUGCACAGUGACCUGGCCCUGAGGAACUGCCUGCUCACGGCCGACCUGACGGUGAAGAUUGGUGACUACGGCCUGUCUCACGGCAAAUACAGGGAGGACUACUUUGUGACCGCUGACCAGCUGUGGGUGCCGCUGCGCUGGAUCGCGCCCGAGCUGGUGGACGAGGUGCACUGCAACCUGCUGGUGGUGGACCAGACCAAGGCCAGCAACGUAUGGUCCCUGGGAGUGACCAUCUGGGAGCUCUUUGAGCUGGGAGCGCAGCCCUACCCCCACCACUCUGACCGGCAGGUGCUGGCCUACGCCGUCCGGGAGCAGCAGCUCAAGCUGCCCAAGCCCCAGCUGCAGCUGACCCUCUCUGACCGCUGGUACGAGGUGAUGCAGUUCUGCUGGCUGCAGCCGGAGCAGCGGCCCACGGCCGAGGAGGUGCACCUGCUGCUGUCCUACCUGUGCGCCAAGGGUGCCACCGAGGCAGAGGAGGAGUUCGAGCGGCGCUGGCGCUCGCUGCGGCCCGGCGGGAGCGGCACAGGCCCGGGGCUGGGGGUGGCAGGCCUGGCACUGGGGGGCCCGGGCGAGCUGGCCGCCGCCUCCUCUUUCCCACUGUUGGAGCAGUUCGCCGGGGAGAGCUUCCACUCGGAGGGCGACGACGUGCUGACAGUGACAGAGACCAGCCGAGGCCUCAACUUUGAGUACAAGUGGGAAGCGGGCCGCGGGGCCGAGGCCUUCCCGCCACCGGGGGGUGCGCUGAGUCCCGGCUGCGACGGGCGCCUGCAGGAGCUCUGCGCCCUGGAAGGCGCGCCCCCCGGCGUGGUGCCCGUGCUCAGCGCUCACAGCCCCUCUGUGGGCAGCGAGUACUUCAUCCGCUUGGAAGACCCAGCACCUGCCUCGGGCCACGACCCCGACUGCGCCGGCUGUGCCCCCAGCACCCGAGCAGCGGCCCUGCGCCCAGAUGGCAGCGACCACGACGACGACUCUGAUGGCAGCGCAGGCGCCUCGCUGGCCAUGGAGCCUCUGCUGGGCCACGUGCCACCUGCCGACGGCCCCUGGAGCCACUGUGACUACUAUCCGUGCAGGAGCCAUGCCCGCGACCUGGCCCGCGCCUCGCGCUCACCCUCGCCGGAGACCUUGAUGCUGGAGGAGCCGGGAGCAGAGGAUAUCGCCUGGGGCGUGGGGGCCUUCUGCCCACCCUUCUUCGAGGACCCGCUGGGCACAUCCCCGUCGGGGAGCUCUGGGGCCCGACCGUCCCCAGGCGGGGAGGAGCUGGGGGAGGCCGAGGUGCCCAGGGCCGCCCAGCACAGACACUGGAGCUCCAACGUGUCAGCCAACAACAACAGUGGCAGACGAGCACCGGAAUCCUGGGACCUGGACCACACAGGCGGCUACUUGGACUGCUGCCCUGGCGUGAAGCAGACCCUACGGGCCGUCCCUGAGCUGGGCCCUCCCCUGACCCCAGAGGACCCCAGAAAGCCUCUCCCUGGGCCCAAGGGGGCCUCCCCUGGGCAGGAGCUGGGCGGCUGCCUUGCUCCCCAUCUGUACCCUGCCGAGGGCUUGUCACCUGCCCCCUGCCUGGUCACACCCCCCUGGACGGAGGCGGCUGUAAGGGGGGACAGCCCCCAGGCAGAACCCAGGCUUGCCGAGGAGGCCGAGGGCCCUGCCAGAGUCCAGCUGCCCCUUCCCUCCCUCCCAUCCCCAUCCCAGGAGGGGGCCCUGCUUCCUGCCGAGGAGGCCAGCACCCCGCCCACCCUGCCCGCCUCACCCACGCCCACAGGCAGCCACGCGCCUGCCCCCGAACCGGCCCAGACCCUGGGCAGCGGCAGCGGCAGCGGCUCUCCUGAGCUGGAGGCACCGGGCAGUGAAGAGGAGGACACGACAGAGGCCACUUCUGGUGUCUGCACGGACUUGUCCAGCGACGGCCCCCAGGCUGAGAAGCCAGACGUGACAGCAGCCUUCCGCCCCCUGCAGAAGCAGGGGGGAACCCCGGACUCCUUGGACUCCCUGGACAUCCCGUCCUCAGCCAGCGAUGGCGGCUGCGAGGGCUUCAGCCCGUCAGCGGCUGGCACCCCUGGCGGGCAGCCCCGAGCCCUGGACAGUGGUUAUGACACAGAGAACUACGAGUCCCCCGAGUUUGUACUCAAGGAGGCGCACGAGCCUGAGGCCUUUGGGGAGCCGGCCUCGGAGGGGGAGAGCCCGGGGCCUGAGACUCGGCUCCCGGCCUCCCUGGGCGGCCUCAGCGAGAAGAACCCCUACCGAGACUCUGCCUACUUCUCAGACCUGGACCCCGAGCCAGAGCCCACCCUGGGCCCUGAGGAGAAGCCAGGAAGUAGCCCAGCUCGCAGGCCAGGGCCUGACCUGGAGGACCCGAAAAGCCCCAGGCUGCAGCCUGUGCAGCCCUCCCCUGAGUCUGGGGUGCCCCAGGGGGCACAGGGUGCCAGCCCCGGGGAGGCGCCCCCACUGCCACUGCCACUGCCUGAGGACGCGUCUCCAGAGCCCAGCGCCUGCCCCACAGGCCCCAGGCUGGAGCCUCCCUGGCCCCAAGAGCCAGCCCAGGUGCCACCAGUGCCCGGUCCUGGGCGUUCUAAGAUUUUCCUGCAGGCUCUGGUCUCACUCAACUCGGAGAGCCACGGCCCGGAGCCCCAGGAGGCCCUGGGACUGCUGUCGGGGCCAGGGCUGCAGGAACGGACCGGGGGCCCAGGUGCCUCCAGAACCCCACUCUGCCUGGCCCUGCCGGAACUCCCCUCGGCUCCGGAGCGCCGGCCGGAGGAGGAAGAGGAGGAGAGCGAGGACAGCGACGAGUCGGACGAGGAGCUGCGCUGCUACAGCAUCCAGGAGCCGAGCGAGGAGAGCGAGGAGGAGGCGACGCCCGUGCCAGUGGUGGUGGCGGAAAGCCAGAGCGCGCGCAACCUGCGCAGCCUGCUGAAGAUGCCCAGCCUGCUGUCUGAGGCCUUCUGCGAGGACCUGGAGCGCAAGAAGAAAGCCGUGUCCUUCUUUGACGACGUCACCGUCUACCUCUUCGACCAGGAAAGCCCUACCCGGGAGCUCGGGGAGCCGUUCCCCGGUGCGAAGGAGUCGCCCCCCGCCUUCCUGGCGGGCGGCCCGGGCUCCCCCAGCGCCCCCUGCCGGCCACGGCGGGCAGACCGCUCUCCCGAGGGCACCGACACGCAAGGCGGAGGGUUCGAGUGGGACCACGGCCUCCCGCUGACGCAGGCCCAGGAGCCCACCCCGCCGGUCCCCGCGGCCCCCCCGGCGCCGGCCGCGCCCGGGCCCUUCUCGCGCUUCACCGUCUCACCAGCGCCUGCGUCCCGCUUCUCCAUCACACACGUCUCAGACUCGGACGCCCGGCCCGUGGGAGGUGAGGCUGCGGUGGGGCUGGUGGGAGGGGACCCUGAACUGCGUCGGGGGCAAGGGCAGCCAGAGGGGGCACCUACUGGGUGCGAGGCUCAGCACUCAUUUCUUGUUUUCUGGACAGACUCAGUUUUCAGAAGGGGAAAAAGGCUUGGAGACAUCAGGUCCUGCCAGGCCCGUCUGUCGUAGCCACCUUGGUGUGUGGCCUCAGCUCCCUGGGGAGAGGCAGUGCCCCAGGGCUGAGACUGGACAGUCUGGUUCUCCUGUCCCAUGCUUUUCUCCCUCCUCAGAAGGCACCAGGCUGGCCAGAGUGCCCCACCCACCUCUCCUGCCAGAACCUUCCCAGCCCCUGCAGGUCUGUCUCAUCCAGUGACCGGGCCCCCUGCCCCAGCACCUCUCAGCUCUGAUGGCUCCUGUCCAGAGGAGCAGGGGGUGGUGGCUCAGGGCCCCGACGGGCACCUCCUCCUCCCUCCACUCCUGUCAGCCUCAGACUAGGAGGACACAGCCCUGCCCAGCUGCCCACCCCCAAUCUGGGGGCUUCCCUGAAAGCCCACCUCAUCCUCUGGCCCCAGCCCCGCCCCUGUGCCCUCAGCCUGUGGCUGUGGCCUCCAGGGAAGGGCCUGCCGCCCUGUCACAGUGUGCUCACAGCAGGUGUCUGAACAAGCAGGUCACCAGGAGACCCGUGUGUGACUGGCCAGCCAGUCCUCUCAGAUCUGUCUCUCUCCCGGUGAGAGGAGCACCCAGAGGGUGCGUGCUGGGCGUUGGGCCUGGGCCCAGCCCUGGUGAUAGGUGGCAAGGCUGAUGGUCCAGCUGCUACCUCCACAGGCAGGCAGGCCAGCUGCAGGCCUAGCUGCUCAGGGGCUCUAAGCCAGGGAUCGAGGCCAGGCUGGAGUCCUGGGGGAGGCCCUCUCAGGAGUCCCUGGGUCCCCAGCGUCUCCCCACUCAUGUGGCACCUCCUGUUUGACAGGCCCAGAAGCAGAUGCUGGGGGCAGCUGUAAAGAGGCUUGAGGCCCUGGCGGCACCUACUCGGAGCCCCUGCCGGUCCGGUUCCCAGCAGCAGCGGGACUGACCGAGAGUGGCGGGGACCUUGGCCUGGCAGCGGUCAGCAGCAGCUUCCAGCACUUCGGUGCCCCCCACAGCACCCUGGAGGAGCAGGGUGGAGAGAGUGGCCCGCCGCUGGCCUGGACGGUGGAGCAGCUGUGCCCACCAGCACAGCGCUGGGCUGGGGGCAGGAUCGCUGCGGACACUCGGGUUUGCUGCUAGCCACAAGAUGCCCUCUGGCCCAGACCCGGGCCACGCCCGCCCUGCAGCUGCCCCUCUGCCCUGGCCUCCGCUGUCGGACUGCUGGGCCUCUGAAGCCAGGAGACCUCACGUGCCCUGUCCGCUGGUCCCUGAGGUGUACUGCUGGCCGCUGUGUCCUCCCCCAUGAGAGCAGGCACAAGCCCAUUGCCACGGCCUCUCCCUGGCCCCGUCCCCCUCUCUGCCAGUUCAAGAUUUUCUCAGAGUACGAAGAGGACCUGGGCUCUCGGGCCCCAGCUCCAAGUCUGAGGCUGCUUUUCCUUCACUGAAUCAGCUAGACCUGUAAGCUCUCUCUCCCCAUGGGGUUGGGGCCUGCUCCUGCCUGGGUCCCGCUGGAACCCUGCGAAUAGCCAACGUGGGCAGGCCAGAGAUGGGGGCCUUUCAGGCUGCAGUCCUGCCGCCACGGCCCUGGUCCAGAGGUUCCCCGCGGGUGGCUGGUGCAGGCAGCUGUCCUCUGCAGGGUACCGCCCGGCCUGGCCCCGCUGCCCAAGGAAAGUGGGUGCUGUAGCCCACGGUCAGUGUCAGGGGCUUCCUAGCGCAGGGAUGGGGACAGGGGGAAGGGUGGGGGGGCAGCACAGGGGUAUUUUUGUAACCGCUAUCGUGGAGCAAAUGGAUGCGGGCUGCUUUUAAGUUAGUGUUGCCAAAGAGAUGUAAACGUUUAUUGUUGCUUUGGGGGUGUGGGUGGGGACUUGUUUGGGGUGGUUUUUUUUGUUGUUGUUUAGUAGUUUGAGGCUUAUGAUGCUGGUGCAAUGAGUUUCUUGUUCCUUUUUUGUUUGUUUUUUAAGAGAAAUCGAAGCUAAGGAAAAAAAAGAAGCCUUCAUGCUAA